UUGUGUCACAGUAGUUCAAGCAGGGGAACAGCCAGAGCUGACAUAUGCAGGCACAGGUCCAAACCAGGCGAGACAGUCCAAACAAGCAAACAGAGCCAACGUGCAACAGGAAGAAGAUCCAAAGUCCAUAAGGCCGGCAAACAAACCGGCAGCAAGAACAUACAGACUAAAUACACCGGUGAGGGGAGACAGCAUAACGAGACACAGCAGGGGGCCAUAAUGGUGAAUCUUAAAGAGGAGCUCUGGAAAACUCUGCAAGAUUUAGAAGGAGACGACUUUAAGCGUUUCAAGUGGUUCCUGAAGCAGGAUGACAUCCUUGAAGGCUUUUCAGGCAUCCCAGCGGCUUGGCUGGAGAAGGCAGACAGGCAGGACACAGUGGAUCUGAUGGUACAACAGUAUCAGGAGCAUGGAGCGCUGAAAGUAACCUUGAAGGUUUUAGAAAAGAUCAGCAAGAAUGAUCUGGUGCAGAGUUUGCAAAACUCCAGCUCAAGACUAAAAGACCUCAAGAACCACGACUCUGUUCCUCUCAAAAGUGAUUAUGAAAGAAAAAAGUUUGAGACUAAAAUUAAGCUGAUGAUCGAGGAGAGACAGAUGAAGAUCAAGGAAAUCAGACACUCAGCAGAGCUCAGCAGAAGAUCUGCUGACAUACAUAUUGCAGACAGUGAGCGGUUCUUUACUGCUUUGCUGCAGUCUGUCAAGAGAAUUCUGGAUAAUGUCAUCGAAGAAAUCAACGACAAGCAGAAAACAACACAGAAAGAGGCAGACGAAUUCAUCCAAAAGCUGGAGCAGGAAAUCUCAGAGCUGUCAAAGAGAAACAAUGAAAUGGAGCAGCUCUUACGCACUGAAGACCACCUCGACUUCUUUAAAGGUUUCUCGUCCCUGAGUGCUAUCACCAAGAACUGGACAGAAGUUACCAUCUCUCCUCCAUCUUAUGGGACAAGUGUGGGGAUGGCUUUGAAUCAGCUGCAGGAAAAACUAAGCACAGAUAAGGAGAAGUUCAUUGGAAAAGCCAAGCUGCACAGGGUCCAGCAAUUUUCAAAAGAUAUAACUCUAGAUCCAGAUACUGCAAAUCCCUACCUUAUUUUGUCUGAUGAUGGGAAACAAGUGCACUGUGGUGACGUAAAACAAAAUCACACAGACAACCCAGAAAGAUUUAAUACUGCUGUCAAUGUCUUGGGAAAGCAUGGUUUCUCUUCAGGAAGAUUUUACUAUGAGGUUCAGGUUAUGGGUAAGACUUCUUGGGGUUUAGGAGUAGUCAAAGAGUCGAUCGACAGAAAGGGAUCGAUCAGAGCAAGCCCAGAUAAUGGCUACUGGACUAUAUGUUUAAGGGAUGGAAAAAUACACCAAACUUCUGCCAAUUAUCAGCCAAAGAAGGUGGGCGUGUUUGUGGAUUAUGAGAAGCGUUCUGUCUCCUUUUAUGACGUGGAUUCUGCAGACCUCAUUCACUGUUUUAAUGACUGUUCCUUCACUGAGAAACUCUACCCAUUCUUCAGUCCUGGUAGUCGUUAUGGUGGUAAAAACUCUUUGCCUCUGAUCAUAUCUCCUGUCAAUUACACUAAUUUGAUUUGAUCUAUUCAAAACUGAUCCUACGAUUUAAUUUCUAGGUCAAAUCUAUCACCACUAUAUGUAAGUGGGGACUGAUGGUUGAGGGGGUGCCAGUUCACCUUCUGGGCACUGGCCAGGUGCCCUUGAGCCAAACCUCUAACUGCUUCCAGGACGCCACAACGUAGCCGCCCAUCACUCCACCAUCUCUUUACAUUAGCAUGUCUACAAGCCCCUUGUGUGUGUGUAUGUGUGGUUAUAUGUAUGUAAAACUUGAGCGUAAAAAGAAAUUCCCCAUUGAGAGAUCGAUAAGUUUCUUCUUCUUCUUCUUCUAAGGAGUAAUAAAAGUACAUACAUUUAAACAGUUCCUGACCUGCAUCUGACGUGAUCAGAAACCUUAAAUUUGAUUACAGGAAACUUGAGUUGUUUCUUCCCCUGACAGGUGAAUCUUCACAUAAUGGGAACCUGACCCUUACCUGAUCCCUAGCCUCGAUGUUUAUCACAAGAAUUCCCCAUACAUAGUUUGCAACGCAACAAAACGGCAAGGCAGUAAAGUUACAAACUGUUGUGACAUUCCUAAAAAUACACAGCAUAGGAAAGCAAGAUGUGUUUAACAAUAUGUAUGUAUGCAAAUUGAUUUAAAUAAUUAAUUAGUAUGUAUUGGCAUAGCAAAAUACAGAUAAUAGAAUAUAAUUUAAGGUGCACAAUGUAAUGGAUACAUUGUUGAACAUGAAGGGCAUUCUUUGAGCGUGUGAAAAUGUACUGGGGUUUGGUUGUAGUAUCACAUUUGUACCACUAGAUGGUACCACUUUCUGUUUGAUGAGACUGAGGUAGAGAUGUGUGUGAUGCCUUUCUUUGCACUCUGCUCCCGAGUACAGAGUUUGGCAUGUGCAUAAUCAUAUUCUACCUAUCCUGUAUGAAUACAAAAGGUAUUGUGCCCUGUUUAGUUGAUGAAUACUGCAAAAUAAAGUAACCGUGG